AUGGAGCAGUCGCGAACCACCCUACCUACUCUGGAGUCCAUGGUCAAUACCAGGAGUCAGGUGAAUGCAUCUUCUUUGAAUUCAACAUCACUAGAAGUUAUCUUAAACCAUGUUUCUCUUUUCAUUUCCCUGUUAGGGAUAGUUGACAAUGGACUUGUCAUUUAUUUUCUCCUCUUCCACUUCAAGAAGACCUCCUUCAUUGUCUACAUCCUCUACCUCUCAAUUGCUGACUUGACUUUCCUUGUUUGUACGUCUAUCUUUAUUAUAAAAGACAUAGUUUACUUCAAUUCCGGUAGGGAAUUAUUUCGAUCACAGUUGUUUCUGUUUAUCUUCUGUAUACUGAUUCUGUUUGGCUAUGACACUGGCCUCUACCUCCUGACAGCCAUCAGUGUGGAGAGAUGUCUUUCAGUCCUUUACCCAAUCUGGUACCAAAGCCAACGCCCAAAGCACCAAUCUGCUGCGGUUUGCGUCUUGCUGUGGGCACUCUCCAUUUUUGUGACCUGGUUAGAAGGCUUUUUCUGUCUUCAGGGUACACAUCCCAGCUUCCCCACUAGACCAUGUACUAUGGUGGAAGUAUUUUUGCUUAUCUUGAACUUCCUUGUGUUUGCCCCUCUCAUGGUGUUUGCGAGCUUGACCCUCUUCAUCAAGGUCUUCCGUAACCUGAAGCACCACCAACCAGCCAAGCUUUACAUCAUCAUCAUAACCACGGUCAUUUUAUUCCUUGUCUUUGCCAUACCUUUGAGAGUUUUGUUGAUGGUGUAUAAUUUCCCGGAUGAAAAUGAUUCAUUUUUAUUGAUGUUAUAUUUAUAUUUGAAUUUAUUAUCCUGUAUCAAUAGUACCAUUAACCCAGUUGUCUACUUCAUGGUUGGUCAGGUCAGGGGAAAGAGAACCAGAAAGUCCUUGAAAGAUACAUUGCAAAUGGUAUUUGAGGAUAAGCCAUGUUCAGAAGUGAGAGAGAAACCUGGGCACUACAAAAUCGGUGCCCUUCACUGGCAACAAAACUAA